AUGGCAGGCUAUGGUGGAGCUGCAGACGGAACAGCUUAUAACCCUCAAAGUCAAAUGAAUUUGAGUUCACUCAAAAAUCAAAUAACAGAUGUCAAAAAGUCAAACAUAGACAUACAGAAACAAAUAAGUGAAAACGAAAAGAAACUAGAAUAUGACAGACACACAAAGAAACUCAAUGAGUUAAACAUAGAGAAAAAGAAGAAAGAAGAACAACUGAAAGAACUAAGUACAGAGGAAUAUGCGAAAAAAGUGUCAGAAAAAGCAGCAGAAGUAGCAAAAAUGGAACAAGAUGUUAUAAAUUUGAAAAACCAUACUACUCAAUAUAAAGUACUGAAAGAUGAAGAGAUAAAACAAAAAGCCAUGAAGACAUAUAUGGAUAGCGAUGAGUAUAAAAAAGAAGUUGAAGCAAAUGUAAAGGCAGAAAAACUUUUACAGUUGCAAAACCAAACCGUACAGUAUGAAAACUUAGCACAAGAAAGUAAAAUAACGACGCAGCCAUGCAAAAGGCAAUGA